AUUAACCGAACGUGACCAUUUUUGGUGUUUUUUUGAGAUCGAAAAUUUUUUUGGAGGAGGAUACAAUUUUUAUAUAUAGUUAAAGAGGAAGAUUUAUAACUAAUUUUAGCAAUAACAAUAGAUAGAGGUGAAAUCAUGUCAUUCAGUUUAUCUAUUGCUGCAAAAGCUACAUUUGUGGCAUACCCAGUAUUGAUUGCUGUUAACGUGAUCAAUGAUGUGGUUGAUGAAGUUUCAAUUCCUAUUGAAUUUGUGGAUGAAAAAUCAGUAGACUCAUCUGAUGCUGAUAGUUCAGCUAAAUUAGUUACUCCAGAAGGUAAAACUUAUAGUAACCAAUUAGAUAUUUUAAACUAUUUAGCUGGAAAAUUCCCAACUGUUUUAGCCAAUGCUGAAUCUUCUCAAGAAUUAGCUAAAUUUGCUUUAGAACACUUGUACAUUAAAAAUUUCAAAGUUUUAGCUGUUGAUUUAGAAAAAUUAGACAGUGUCUUAAACUAUAGAACUUUCGUUAAUGGUUACACUUAUUCUUUAGCUGAUUAUGCUACUUGGGGUGCUUUAAGAGCCAAUGCCUUAAUGGGAUCAAUCAUCAAAAAUGAAGUUUAUAUCAACAUUUCAAGAUGGUAUAAUUUAUUAGCUUCUGAUAAAAGAUUUGAUUCAGCUGUGGAUUUUAUGAUUAAAUCAGUUAAUGAUUUAAGAAAAUCAGCCAAGACUGCUAACAAUGGUGGUAAGAAAGAAACUCAUAAAGCUAAUUUUGAAAUUGAUUUACCAGGGGCUGAAGUUGGUAAAGUUGUUACUCGUUUCCCACCUGAACCAUCUGGUUAUUUACAUAUUGGACAUGCUAAAGCUGCUAUUUUAAAUGAAUAUUUCGCUCAUAAUUACAAAGGUAAAUUAAUCAUUAGAUUUGAUGAUACCAAUCCAACCAAAGAAAAGGAAGAAUUCCAAGAUUCUAUUAUUGAAGAUUUGGCCUUAUUGGGUGUUAAAGGUGAUAUUGUUUCCUAUUCAUCUGAUUAUUUUGAAAAAAUGUAUGAAUUAGCCAUUCAAAUGAUUAAGGAUGGUAACGCUUACUGUGAUGAUACUCCAUUAGAAAAAAUGAGAGAAGAAAGAAUGGUUGGUGAUGCAUCAGAAAGAAGAGAAAGAACUGUCGAAGAAAACUUGAAAAUCUUCACUGAAGAUAUGAAGAAUGGUACUGAAGAAGGUUUAAAGAAUUGUUUAAGAGCUAAAAUGGAUUAUACUGCUCCAAACAAGGCUUUAAGAGAUCCAGUUAUUUACAGAGGUAACUUAACUCCUCAUCAUAGAACUGGUACUACAUGGAAAAUCUAUCCAACUUAUGAUUUCUGUGCUCCAGUCGUUGAUUCUAUCGAAGGUGUAACUCAUGCCUUAAGAACUAAUGAAUAUAGAGAUCGUAACCCACAAUACGAAUGGAUUCUUAAAGCCUUAAACUUACGUCACGUUCAUAUUUGGGAUUUUGCCAGAGUUAAUUUCGUCAGAACUUUAUUAUCCAAGAGAAAAUUACAAUGGUUUGUUGAUAAAAAAUACGUUGGUAAUUGGGACGAUCCAAGAUUCCCAACCGUUAGAGGGGUUAGAAGAAGAGGUAUGACUGUUGAAGGUUUAAGAAACUUUAUCAUUGCUCAAGGCCCAUCUAGAAACAUUAUCAAUUUAGAUUGGUCAGUUAUUUGGGCUUUAAAUAAAAAGGUCAUUGAUCCAAUUGCUCCAAGAUUUACUGCUGUUGAUGCUGAAAAUGCCGUUGUAGUUAACUUAGAUGGUCCAGCUAAACCAUAUACUGAAGAAAAACCAAAACAUAAAAAGAAUCCAGAUGUUGGUUUGAAACCAGUUGUCUAUGCUAAUCAAGUUUUAAUUGAUCAAGCCGAUGCUAUUGCCAUUGAAGAUAAUGAAGAAAUCACUUUUAUGGAUUGGGGUAAUGUUAUUGUUCAAAAGAUUGUUAAAGAAGGUGACAUAGUCAAAUCUAUUGAUGCUAAAUUACAUUUAGAUGGUGAUUUCCGUAAAACUUCUAAGAAACUUACUUGGUUAGCUGAUACUAAAGAUAAAGUUGAAGUUGAUUUAGUUGAUUUUGAUCAUUUAAUUACCAAGGAUAAAUUAGAAGAAGGUGAUAACUUUGAAGAUUUCCUUACUCCAGAAACUGAAUUCCAUUCUAAAGCCUUUGCUGAUUUGAAUAUCCGUACCUUGAAACAAGGUGAAGUUAUUCAAUUUGAAAGAAAGGGUUAUUAUAGAGUUGAUAAACCAUAUGAAGAAGGUCAAACUCCUGUAUUAUAUACUAUUCCAGAUGGUAAAACUGUUUCAAAAUACGGUGCUAAGAAAUAGAUACAUUCUCAUCCUUUAUCGACUAACCUUGUAUAAAAUCAAUUUUAUAAAUUUUUUAAACGUAAAUAUAAAAUUUUAAACUACUUUACUUAAAAACUAAGAAACAAAAG